CGAGCUUCCGGGGGCGGGGCGAGGCCAGCGCUGGUUGGCCGGCUUCGGGCGGAAGUCGGGAGGGUCGGUGGUCCGAAGACGCUGGCUUGUGACAGGGCGGGGUAGAAGGAAGGCCUACAUAAAGGUUGCCUCUCCAUCCCUUCGCUCCCGGGGACCCUCGGAAAAAACCCAACACCCCGGCCCCGCGGCUAGCCCCUUCCCCCAGGCUCUCUCCGCUCGAUUUCGCCACCGUUAUGUGGGAAGCGAAUCCGCAGCCAGUCAACUUUAAAACAUGAAGGAAAAAUCCAGAACAUAAUCAUAAAGCAUUCCUUGGAGAAGUUUCCAAACAUGAAUAAAAAAUAACAAGCCCCCUUCAUUGAGCUCAGGAGAUGUUUCACAAAGCAGAAGAAUUCUUACCCAAGAGGACGGAUAGCGAUAUGGAUGAGAUGGACACGUCAGACACCCAGUGGGGCUGGUUUUACCUGGCGGAGUGCGGGAAGUGGCACAUGUUUCAGCCGGAUACCAACAUUCAGUGUUCAGUUAGCAGUGAAGAUAUCGAAAAAAGCUUCAAAACAAACCCUUGUGGCUCCAUUUCUUUUACUACUUCCAAAUUCAGCUACAAGAUAGACUUUGCAGAGAUGAAGCAAAUGAAUCUCAUCACUGGAAAACAGCGCUUAAUAAAAAGAGCCCCCUUUUCUAUCAGUGCUUUCAGUUACAUCUGUGAAAAUGAGGCCAUCCCCAUGCCCCCACACUGGGAGAAUGUGAACACCGAUGUGCCCUAUCAGCUGGUUCCUUUGCACAGUCAAACACAUGAGUAUAACGAAGUUGCCAGUCUCUUUGGGAAAACAAUGGACCGCAGCAGAAUUAAAAGAAUUCAGAGAAUUCAGAACCUGGACUUGUGGGAGUUCUUCUGCAGGAAAAAGGCUCAACUCAAGAAAAAACGAGGCGUGCCUCAGAUUAAUGAACAAAUGCUCUUUCAUGGUACCAGCAGUGAAUUCGUGGAAGCAAUUUGCAUUCAUAACUUUGACUGGAGAAUAAAUGGUAUACAUGGUGCUCUCUUUGGGAAAGGAACCUAUUUUGCUAGAGAUGCUAUUUACUCCAGUCGCUUCUGCAAAGACGACAUAAAACAUGGAAACACAUUCCAAAUUCAUGGCGUAAGCUUGCAACAGCGGCAUCUGUUUAGAACGUAUAAAUCUAUGUUUCUUGCUCGAGUGCUAAUUGGAGAUUACAUAAACGGAGACUCCAAAUACAUGCGACCUCCUUCCAAAGACGGGAGCUAUGUGAAUUUAUAUGACAGCUGUGUGGAUGAUACCUGGGACCCAAAGAUCUUUGUGGUGUUUGACGCCAACCAGAUCUAUCCUGAGUACUUAAUAGACUUUUAUUGAUUUUACUUACAAAUCUCAGUGGUCAAGGAAGUUCUGUGCUUUUUUUGCAGGAAGAUUUGCUCUCCUGUCAUCUAGCCACUAAAUGUUCACUAUCUGAUACUUUUGAAACAGAUAUGAAAAAAAAGUGGCCUCCAUAUAAAAAGACAUACUGACUUUAAGGUUGGUUUUUUGUUGUUUUGUUUUUGUUCGUUGCUCGUAGUCUUGUUUGUUAAAGAUUGAUACAAUACCAUUGCCAUUUUAACACAGAGGCGAAAGGUAGCACUCAAAACUAAAUCAGCUGAGUCUCAAUUAAUAUGAUCAUUCAGAGUCUGUAAAGUUUACAUGUGUGUUAUAUUUAUUCAUAUAUAUAUAUAUGUCCAAAAAAUAAAAAAAAAACAGACAUAACUGUCCCUUCAGAGGAAUUGAUCCUUUGUAAAUUGAAUCCUACAUUAUUAUCCACCAAUCAAUAUGUUACCUUGUUGGUCUUCCAAAGUGGGGAUUUAAAAUCUCAAAGCAGACUGAGUACCGUGGUAGAAAUCAGAAAUAAAAACUUUAUUUACAGAGCUGCCAGACCAGCCAAAAGCAGGAAGUCAAGGUAGAGAGUCCUGCUGAUUGCCCAGGGGAGCAGGGUGUGGUCUCAGACUGCUCAUGUCAUUCUUUUAUCUCCUACAUCAGAAUUGAUAAGUCGCUGCAGACUGUAAUUACCCCACAGUUCACCCACCAGAGCUCUUGAAUUCUCGUACCAUGACUCGCUGCACACAGUGUUUAUUGCCUCUUCAAAGUGAAACGUUUAUUUCUUUUCCAAAACAUGUAUUUUUCCCUUCACAGCUAUUAAACAGCGACUCAUAAUAUUCACAUUUUUAAGUUGGAUCUCCCGAUUUUGAAUCAUUGCAGAAGGCAUGGGGUACUUGGAACAAAUCUGGUUUAGUCUUUUGAGUAAUAAAUUGACAAUCUGCUAAUGCUUGAAAAGUUAGGUCUAGUUCAUAAUCAUGUGUAAUGGAAGUUUGUUUACCUGUUCCGUCUGUUUUGCUGUUUUCUAUUCUAAAGAAUAUGUAAUUUUGGAACAGCUUCCUGCCCCUAGAGGUGUUCUGGCAGAGGCUAGACAACAACUUGGCAGAAAUGUCAUGCAAGAGUUCAGGUGUCAGAUGGAGGAAUUGGCCAUAUGAUGGUUGAGUGUUUCCCCACCUUGAUUUUCCAUGAUUCUACCUGAAAAAAAAACACCUGUAUCAAGCCUUGCCAGAAAACCUUUUCCUAACUCAGUCUAAUACUGAAUUCUCUCUCCAUUAUCCUCAUUCACUUUUGACUGAGAAGUUGUGAACAUAAUUUAACUUUUCAGGGAAAAGCCACUAAAUGUCCAUGCCUUUGUUGUUCAUUUCAAUCAUUUGCAUUGGGAAAGCAUCUAGAAAUCAUAAAAAUGAAGAGUAUGGACCAAGAAGGCAUGGUAAUUCUUCAACUGCCGUAUAUCCCCAGAUUUUUAUUGUAGCCCAGAAUACUUGUAACUGUACAGUUGAAAGUAAGUAAUACACAGGAAACUGUUAUGUACAAUACUUUGAAACCAAGCAGCAGCAAAGAUUUCCUGACUCAGAUGUGCACACUAAUAGCCAGUUUACAUGAAAUGCUGUGAAUAUUUAGGAAGAGCCCAUUUUAGAAACAUGCAGAGAUUAUCCGGAAAUCAUUGGAAGAAAAGUCACCAGGUUACCUUGUGAGAGGUAGCAAACUAUUAUUCUAGAUUCAUUCACAAAAGAACAAUGUUAGAGACAUUAGGAAUUCAGAUUUUGAAAAUCUUUUCAUUCUAUUUAUUUGUUAUUUACACACCAAAAAAAAAAAAAUGUUACAGUAAUCCCCACUUCAACAUGGCCAUCCUUUUUUUCCAAUUUAACACAAUUUCCCUUCCCAUCAUUGGAAUGGAGUAACUGUUGUAGCAUUUGGGAGUUAUUCUUGUUGAUGUGCAGAUCUUAUCUCGAGGUGUGACUAAGAGCCCAGAGUCUAGGUUUGCAAGGCAGUCUAUAUGAACUCUGAACUUAACUAGUUGGCUCAGAUGUAGUAAAUAGAGUGCAUUGCAAUAGACAUUAUAAGAAAGAAUUCUGUUGUUCUUGUCUGACAAUAUACUGCCAAUUCUCCUUUUGUAAGGAAGAACUAAUUUCGAUAAAUUUUUCAAUGUGAUAGUGUACUUUAAUCUAUAUUAAAAUUCUGUUCGUUUUGAUCAAUAGAUUGAGUUGAGAAAUCCUAAUUAGUAUAUCAUAGACUGGACACAACCAUCUGCCCCCUUUUCCUCUUGUCCUCACAUAGUAUGCGUGGGGAGAGUAAAGAGAACCUAUUCCAGAUUAAUGAAUAAAUGAUUUUUAAAAUUCUACAUUGAACAAAUUGCAGCUGAUAGUGACUUUUCUUUUUCAUUUUCAUGUCAAGCCUCAGGGUAAAAAAAAAUGUAUUUAUAAGAAACAGUUUCAUAAGUCUUGCAGUUAUGAACAGGAAGGUUUUUAUAUUAGUGCAACUUUCUUUUCUAGACUGUUACGGUGAUGAUAAAGCAUUUGGAGCCAUUUUUUAUAUGUGAAUAUAUUGUUUUUACAUGUGGUGAUUAAAGCUUUCCAUAGCAGG